AUGAAUAGGCAACAAGAUUUAAAAUCAUUAAUGAACAAGACCAGGGCAACCUCGAAUAACAACAACAAUUCAACGAAAACGACGACGACGACAACAACAAUAGAUUCUCCUUUUGCAAAUUAUAAAAAUGGUAAAUUAACAUGUAUUCUAUGUAACUUUGGUCUAAAUAAUGAAUCAUUUUGGAAGGUUCAUUGUAACUCCAAGAAACAUCGUGAUGCUUUGGAUGCACAUCAAAAACAAUCAUCUUCUUCAACAAUCGUCGAUCAAGAUAAAACUAUAAAGAAAUUAAAGACUUUAAAUGGAAACAACAAAAAUAAUAAUAAUGUCAACGUUCAAAAGGAGGAGGAGGAGGAGGAGGAGGAAGACAAACAACAAGAUGAUAUACAACAGAAUCUUCCUAAAGGUUUCUUUGAUGACUAUAAUGAUAAAGUAGAAGAAGAAGAAGAAAAGGAAGAAGAGGAAGAAAAUAAUAAUAAUAAUAAUAAUAAUAAUAAUAAUAAUAAUAAUAACAAUAAUAAUAAUAAUAAUAAUAAUUUCAAUAAUGGUAGUAUGCCAGCAGGAUUUUUUGAUAACCAAGAUGAACAAUUAAAGGCAGAGGAAGAAUUAAAGAAACAACUAAAGUCAAAUCAAGAAGAAAAGAUAUUAUUGGAUAGUAUGGCAGAGUUUGAUGAAGCAAUCAAACAAGGUCAAGAAGAUCAAGAAAAUACAAAUUUAGAGUCAUCUGGCAAUGAUGAUGACCAACAGAAAGAAAAUAAUGGUGAUGAUAAUGAAAAUGGAAAAAAGAAUUUAUUGGAUACCAUACAAUCUGAUGAAACAAAUCAAAUACAAUCUAAAAUCAAUGAAUUAAAAAGAAAAAGAGAUCAUGUAAAGAAUUUGGUUAAAGUUAAUCAACAAUCUACAAAUAAUAAUAAUAAUAGUCAAAAGAAAAAUGAACAGGAAGAGGAUGAAGAAGAAGAAGAAGAAGAAGAAGAGGAAGAAGAAGAUAUAGAACAAUUAUUUCAUUGGGGAUCGAAAAGGUAA